AAGGCGUGCUGCGUCUUGACGUCAGAAAGAUGGCGGCUCCCUGCAGCCUCCGAUUACUACCUGGUAGCUGUUGACUUUCAGCCCCAUUGAUAUACCAGGCACAGCGCUCAGCAGUGGCGUUCUCUGCCCGGCUCUCACCAUGUUCCCCUUCGGCCGCUGGUGCCAUAGGGUCGCUACUCGCCUCAGCAAGCAGCCCUUGGCGCCGGGCCGCUCCUGCGGAGGCAACGCUGUGCCGCACUACGAUGUGGUGGUCAUUGGCGGGGGGCACGCAGGGACGGAGGCGGCGGCGGCCGCUGCUCGCUGUGGCUCCCGGACUCUUUUGCUCACGCACCGUGUGGAUUCUAUCGGUCAGAUGUCAUGCAAUCCCUCCUUUGGAGGCAUUGGUAAAGGACAUUUAAUGAGGGAGGUGGAUGCCUUGGAUGGCCUGUGUUCUCGGGUCUGUGAUCAGUCCGGCAUACAUUAUAAAGUGCUGAACCGGCGUAAAGGGCCAGCUGUAUGGGGUCUCCGUGCUCAGAUUGAUAGGAAACUUUAUAAGCAGAAGAUGCAGGAGGAAAUUUUGACUAUACCUCUGCUAACUGUUCAAGAGUCAUCUGUGGAAGAUCUUUUACUUAUGGAACCAGACUUAGACCACCCUGGAAAAUGUUGUGUCAGUGGUGUUGUGUUAGAGGAUGGAAGCAGAGUGUAUGCUGAGAGUGUUAUCCUAACUACAGGAACAUUUCUGAGAGGAAUGAUACUAAUUGGAUUAGAAUCAUAUCCAGCAGGGCGACUAGGAGAUCGACCUUCUAUUGGCUUGGCUCAGACUUUGGAGAAAUUAGGGUUUGUUGUGGGGAGAUUGAAGACAGGGACACCACCCCGAAUUGCCAGAGAUUCUAUUAAUUUUAGCAUCCUGAAUAAGCAGAUGCCUGACAACCCAUCUGUACCAUUCAGCUUUCUCAAUGAAGCAGUAUGGAUUAAGCCAGAAGACCAGCUGCCAUGUUAUUUAACACACACCAACUCAAGAGUCGAUCAAAUUGUUAAAGAGAACAUUCAUCUUAAUACUCAUAUAAAGGAAACUACCAAAGGACCCCGAUAUUGUCCUUCAAUUGAGUCAAAGGUUUUGCGUUUUCCAAACCGUAUACAUCAAGUUUGGUUGGAACCAGAAGGAAUGGAUUCUAAUCUCAUCUAUCCACAAGGACUUUCUAUGACACUACCACCUAAUGUUCAAGAACAACUGAUCACAUCUAUCAGAGGCUUGGAGAAAGCUAAGAUUGUACAGCCAGGUUAUGGUGUUCAGUAUGAUUACUUGGACCCCCGUCAGAUCACUCCUUCUCUUGAGACUCUUUUGGUUCAGCGGCUUUUCUUUGCUGGACAAAUAAAUGGUACUACUGGUUAUGAAGAAGCAGCAGCCCAAGGUAUAAUAGCUGGAAUAAAUGCCAGUCUUCGGGUCAAUGGCAAACCUCCAUUUAUCGUUAGCCGCACAGAGGGCUAUAUUGGGGUCUUGAUUGAUGAUCUUACCACACUGGGCACCAGUGAACCAUAUCGAAUGUUUACUAGCCGAGUAGAGUUCCGUUUGUCUCUACGGCCUGACAAUGCUGAUAGCAGGCUUACUUUACGAGGCUACAAGGAAACUGGCUGUGUAUCCCAGCAAAGGUAUAAUAGAGCUUCUUUGAUGAAAUCUUCUUUAGAAGAAGGAAUUUCAGUGCUGAAAUCUCUCCAAUUUUCUGGCUACAAAUGGAAAAAGUUGAUUCCAGAGGCCCCAGUCAGCAUUUAUAAAAGUGAUCCUCAAAGUGCUCUGGACAUGUUGAAAUAUGAAGAAGUUGACAUGACAGUGUUAGCAAAGGUUCUUCCAGAACCCUUGAAAAAGUUUGCUGAAUGUCAAGAACUAAUGAACAGGCUGAAAAUAGAAGCCACUUAUGAAUUAAGCCUGAUUCUUCAACAACAGGAAAUAGAGGAAGUUCAACGAGAUGAAGCCCUUCAGCUCCCGGAAGAUCUGGAUUACUUGACUAUCAGAGAUGUUUCCUUGUCCAAUGAAGUUCGAGAGAAGCUACAUUCCAGUCGUCCACAGACAAUUGGAGCUGCUAGUCGAAUACCUGGGAUGACUCCUGCUGCCAUUUUAAAUCUUCUCAGAUUUGUAAAGACUACCCAGCAAAAAGAAGAAUCUGUAGAUAAACUCUCUCUAAGUGGUCAGCACUUAAGUGAAACAGACCGACUUCAAAAGAUAGAGUUAUGAUACUUUAUUUAUAGAAGAAUUUCUGAAAGACUGCUAACGCGUUUCUUAAAGGAAAACAUAAGAACCAAUGUCUAACAGCUAUCAAAGGGUAAUGUAUAUGCCCUAUUAGAUCACUGUGGGAUCAUUUCAAUAGAAGAACUAAAAAGUAUCCUUUCAGGUAACUUGGAUUAUGGUUUUGAAGAGAUAGUUAAGAAGAAACUAUUCAAGAAAAUUGGAAAGUCAUGUAUGAAUCAAUUCAAGGGGAAGUGAGGAGAACAAUUUAUACAAUGACAACAGCAUUAUAGAGGAAAAAACUUUGAAAAACAUGAGAAUUCUGCUCAAGGCAAUGAUGGACCAUGAUUCCAGAGGAAUGAAGAUGAAGCAUGUUACCCACUUUUUUUAACAGAAUGAUGGACUGAAAAUAGGUAAUGAGAUAUGCAUUUUUGAACAUUAGCCCCAUGAAGGAACUUGUCUUCGCUAUUUAAAAGGUUUGGGUUGUCUUUUUGUUUGUUCAGUAGAGGGAGUUUUAAUCGGGAAGGAGAGAAUCAGUGCUCAAAUUAAUAAAAGUGGAAAAAGUGAAGGAAUUAUUCAUUCAGUAUUGAUUUCAAAAUCUUGAAUUAGAUGAACCAAUUUACUUGACCUCUAAAUCCUAUGUCCAAUUUAGUAGUGGUGUGACAAAUCCAAAGUUGGUUUCACUGGGUAAAUUUUAUCAAGAAGAAGACUAAAAUAAAAAUCUGAAUCUUUCCAACUUUA